AUGGAAAAAUCUGUGUCAGCUGUCACUAACAAAAAGGUUUGCAUAAAUUUACCUCAUGAUCUCGUGCUCCUCAUUCUCUCAAAACUUCCUUUAUGUGAAUCGAAGCGACUUCGAUGCGUAUGCAAAUCAUGGUCCCUCGUGUUCAAAAACCCUCACUUCAUCAACAUGUAUAUCAGCCAUCUUACACGUUAUAACCAUUCUUCUCAUGGUGAUAAAUUCCUCGUCCUACACAAGUUGCUACCUGGGGAAUUUGUUUAUGAAAUUGACAGUUGGCAUUGCGAGUUUUACUGGUUCUCGAGUGACAAGUUUGAGAAUUGGGUCAAAUUAGAUUGGCCGUCUCAAUUUCGAAACGAUGAUUGUAAUAUUUAUGUUGUCGGUUCGGUUAGUAUUAAUGGCAUUCUUUGUCUCAAACAAAGAUUUAAGACUCGGCAGCUUGUAUUGUGGAAUCCAACUACCACGGAAGCUAAGGUCAUUCCUCGUAGUCCUGUUGAGAACAGCCCAUCUGAUCAUCCGUCUCCUUGGAGGUUUCUUCAUGGAUUUGGUUAUGAUCAUGUUAGUGAUGACUAUAAAGUUGUUCAAAUGAUAGACUAUAAUGUUCGUGAUGGAACUGGCGAUUUGAUAUGGAGAGAUAGAUUUUAUGAUCCAUUGUGGGAGAUAUAUAGUGUUAAAACUAACUCUUGGAAGAAACAAGAUUUUGAUAUGGGCGAUUUUAAUGAUUUUUCUGUAUCAGGAAGUAUCGGAGUGUACAUGGAUGGAUUGUAUCAUUGGUGGGCUAGAUCUGAAUCAGAAAACAUUAACGAGUAUUUGAUGUCAAAUAAUAUUGAAGAAUAUUUGAUGUCAUUUGAAUUUAGCACUGAGAUGUUGAUUAAAACACCCAUGCCCAAAGACAUUGAUGGCCGUUUUGAAAGAAACUUGGUGAUGUUAAAUGGAUCCAUUGCUUUGAUAUCAACUUCUCCAGAAAAAGCCACGGCUUUUGGCAUAUCAAUUUUGGGAAAACUUGGUGUCAGAGAAUCGUGGAUGAAUCUCAUUAUUGUUGAAAGCUUACCUUUUGUUGAGUUCCCCAUCAGAGUUGGGAAGAGUAACAAUGUAGUCAUCUCAAACGAAGAUAGUAACAAAUUAUUAAUUUUGGAAGAUAAGAGAUUAGUUUGGGUUGAUUUGAGUACUCAAAUGAUUGGGAGGUUUCAUGUAAACGGAGACAAACUUGGUACUUGUCAGAUGGGAAGGUACAAGAAAAGCUUUGAUCCUAUUGAAACAAUAAAUAGCUAA